AUGGAACGAGACGACGGGAAGGAUAGCAAGUGGAUGUCUGAUGCUGUCAAGCUUCCUACUAGAAAUCGUCAUCCUCCGGGCCGCCACCCCGUCGACUCCAUCUUGAUGGUCACCAACAACUGUCAACCGCGCGUGAGCCCCCUACCGCCCGGCCAUGCAUCUCUGUACCAGGUCAAAGGAGCGAUCCCUCUCAAUCUUGAAUCGCUCUCCCUGACAGACACUUCUUCGCGUCCUCUUCGUCUGACCUCGCAGAACCUCGCUCUUGCCCCUGUCACACGUCGCGUAAUUGCUCAGGAUAUGGCUGCAAAGGACAAAGAGAACAAAACGGAAAUUUCCUUUCGUCUCAGCAGCGCUGGAGAUGGCGGUAGUCCAGACACGCAAGACGAUCAAGUCCUACGUACCGGCGCUCCUCUUGCCGAGAACCUUGCCUUCAAGAACACUAUCAACAUUGACCGAAGCUGCGACGUCCGGAAUGAGAUAGGUCCGCCUCACAAGCUAGAAGCUAUCGAGGGCGUCAUUAAUAAGGAUCCCUGGAUGGGUGAGGGUGAUGACGAUGCGCAUUUCAUGUGCCAAAGCUACAACUCACGCUUCAUCAACGCCUGGCUAUUGAAAGUUCCAGAGGACAUCAGAGCAGACUUUCUGGGCGACAGCGACAUUGAAGAGCACUCCGAGCACCCCAUCAACACCGAUACUGGAACUCUGAUGGCUCGUGUGGAGCAGCCCGAGUCGACUCGCAACCCCGAAACCCUCAGGCCUGACCACAAAAAGCAUGCGGAUCGUUGGACGAGCAACUACCAUAUCAAGAGCAAGAUCAUGAUCCGCGAAAGAGACGCAGCUCUGAUGCAGCAAAAACAGGCUACACCUGUUUCUUUCCAUGGUUGCGAGUCAAACAUACAGCCAGUUCCGCAACGUGAGGUUGCGGUUGAUUGCCAAUCUGCCUGGGAAACCUUCAUGCAAAUGCCUCAAAAGCCUGUUCCACAGCCACCGCUCGUGAUUGGUUUUGCCUUCUGCGAGACCCUCAAGGUUGGGUUCGGCAAGGGCGGCCAUGUUGGUCAACAGAGCGUCAGGCUUCAUGUGUACACCCACCACGACUACCGGCGUAAAAAUGACAAUGCUUCCGGAAUGAAGCCGUAUGACAAUCCCACCAGUCGCAGCCGAAUGGUCCCCCAGCGUAUCAUCAUUGAGGGGAUCUUCCGUGAUGAGAAGGAUCCGGAACUCACCUUUAUUCGCAAGUGGCUCAACGCCUUCCGCUUUGAGGAGGUUGGCCGAAUUCAAGGUGCAUAUGGCACGAAACGCGGCCCACACAACAGUGAGUGGAUGGACCUACACAUCUGGCAGCAUCAGUCCUGCGAACACGAGCACCCGACUGGCAGUGACCCGGGAGUGUGGGAAGGAGGUCUGCUCGAACGUUACUGA